AUGUCGGACACAUCAUAUGACCUCAUGUCCUCCGACUUGGAAGAAUCAGCAGACGUCAUCGCUCUCAGUUUCAACAUGGCUGACCCCUUGUGUUUCACUUGCUGUGACGUCAUCACCGACCAGUUCUAUCUACGUGCGGGGGAUCACGUGUAUCACGAACACUGUCUGCGUUGCUGUGUGUGUCAGGUGACGCUUGGUGGACAUUCUACUUGCUUCGUCAGAGACGGGGACAUAUUCUGUCAGAGAGACUUCGCCUACGUUUAUAAGACAAGGUGUAGUUCCUGUUUAAGACCCAUCGAGUCUGGAGAUUGGGUGAGAUCGGCCGGUGAGAACAUGUACCACCUUGCAUGUUUCUCGUGCAGCAUGUGCAAGAGACAAUUGUCCACAGGAGAAGACUUCGCCAUCCACGACGGUCGGGUACUUUGCCGAGUCCACGCCCUCAACCCCGACGAAGAGAACGUUAACUGCAGACACAAUUCCAAGCGAUGCCGAACAGCCUUCAACAAGGACCAGGUAGCAGUUUUACAGAGGUACUUCGACCUUGACACCAAACCUACCGGAAGUGAUCUCGGGAGGAUUGCCGAAGAAGCGGGCCUUCCAAGACGAGUGGCCCAAGUGUGGUUCCAAAAUUCACGUGCUAAACUCAAGAAGAGAGCCAUGCAGUGA